AAAAAUAAUAUUUUACAAACAAGUGUUACGAUGUGACGAACGAGUAUAUCGCUGUGCAAGUGCAUUAGCGAUAGUUUUACGUAUUCUUCAGGCUAGCUUGGCUGCUUCCAAGAGCCAGCUCACGCGCCACAUGCUGGACAAACCAUUGAUCGACGUUGGAAAUCAGGUCAAAUCUGACACGGACCGUGAAGAGCUCAAACUAGCCUUGGUGGCAUCACAGGAAAGUGUGGCAGUUCAAAUUCUUCUCGAAGCAUGUCUGGAAACAGAAGAUGAUCGCAUCAAACCUGGUCGUCAAUGGGCCCUACGAGAGAUUCGAGGAGUCAUUUGCUCCUACAUCCAUCAGGUGUUUAUUGCCGAGCCGUCUCUUGCUAAGCUGGUGCACUUUCAAGGAUAUCCCCACGAGUUGCUUCCGAUGACCGUCCGUGGCAUUCCGUCGAUGCACAUUUGCCUGGACUUUAUACCUGAACUUCUCAGCAUGGUCGAGAUGGACAAACAGAUCUUUGCGAUAGAUCUCACGUCGCAUCUGUCGCUUCAAUAUGCUCUACCGAAAUCGCUCAGCAUUGCAAAGCUUUGUCUGAAUACGCUCACCACUCUUCUGGGAGUGCUUUCCAGUGAUACCCGAGUUGAAAUGUCCCGAGCCGUACUGCCGUGUAUUGUCCGAUUCUCUGAAGCUUUUCCGCCCCUGCUGGACGAGUGCAUAAUGUUCUUGAUGCAGCUUGGGCGUAUCGCCGAAUCGCAAUCCGCCCUCGGUCGAUCCGUAUCACUACCCAACCUAUAUCUGGGCCCGGAGGCAAAAGUUCGCUCCCACAGCAAGCGUUCUCAGUACGCGGAAAAGUUGGUGGACGAAAUCAAGGAAACGUUCAGCAAAUUGUUGGACGAAGCUAUUAUGAAUCCUAAGAUUUACUGAGAAAUGUUGAUUGCUUC